CAUCUGAUUCAGGAAGGACUUUCUGAAUGACAGUCAGGUGACGAACAGCUGUUGUGAUAGUGCAUGCAAUACAACAAUAGCCCAAAUGCUGGAAAAAAAGGUGUUUCGAGGAAUAUCCAGAAUAUUUUGGUCUCGUUCGUUAUGCCGGUGAAGACCGUUGUGCCUCGAUUGACGCUGGAUCUAAUUAAUCCCUAGCGAAUUGAUGUUGAUCAUCUGUUGUCUGCUUGAUUUAUAGCAGGGCAGAGAAAGCAUCAAGGCACUGAGUUUGUGGUGGUGGAGGAUUUGUCUUGUCUGGAGACCAAUGCCAUCAUUCUGAAGUGCACCCCUGUACUCAUCUACAAACCCCGUCUGCUUGACAGACUGUUCUCUGGCAGCCUAGCCGGCAUCGAGGUAACUGACCAAUACUUUUCAGAACUGUCCUGAAACCACUGGACUACUAACUCAAUACAGAGCCCUUUGUCAAUUUGAGUCCAUUUGUGUCAAUAUGGGUGUAUACAGUUGGAUAGAGGGCACAGAAGCUGUCACAGAAGUGAUAAUGGAAAAGAUAGGGUUGGGCCCUCUUUCCAACUCUUAUGGUAUACACAAGGCUGUUUGAAGCUGUGUUGUCAUGUUUGUGUCCUCCUGUCCAUAUCAAAGUGUUCUCCUGUCGGCUGGGCAGCGAGCAGCAGACAGCCCUGUCCAUCAUCGACCCAGUCAAUGUGCAGGUGGAGCUGUGUGGCAGUCCCACCUACCAGAGCAGCUUUGGCCUUCUAGAUGUCUUCAACAUGGCGGACUUCCCACCACUACUGGAGGGCUCUAUGUGCUGCAGCGGAUUGGCUCGACCCUGGAGGGCAACAACAGCUUCACUUUGUCAGGGGACUACAACAACAGAGAACUGUCAGUUUGGGAGCCCUUCAUCGAGCCCUGGCCCUGUUUCAGCCUGCAGGGUGCCUCCAGCCACCGCGCCUCAAGAUGGGCAUCCACGCCAAGCAGACUGGACGUCAACAUCACCUCUGUCCUUUUGGAGAGCAGUACAGCCUCACCAAGAGCUCCUGGCUGGCUGACUACUGCAAGAAAGAGGAGCAGCCUCCCCAACCCUCGGCAGCCCUAUCCUGGAUGGGCCCCCCCCCCCGCCUCUGACAGAGUGAGUACUGUUUCCCCCAAGUUUACACACACACGCAUCACUUGUUAUGGGCUGAAAAUAGCCUCAGUAGAAAAAAGUAGAACCCUCAUACUCAAUUGCUCCAGCACAUUACUGUAUUAGUUAGCGGGUUGUUACAAAAAUCAGAUGUACUAUACGUUUGUUCUGGAGUAUAUGAUUGCGUGGUUCCCACUUUAUUCUAUGCUAAUGUUUCGAUAGUGCCAGCAUUUCUUUGUAUUUCUAUUUGUAUCACGUCAUGUUGUGUUGAUUUAAAAAUAAAAAAAAUUGCAAUGCAACAAAGCUUUACACAGAUGCAUUGGAAACCUGCCUGAAUUAUUGCCGCCUUCGCAUGGUUAUUGCACAUUUGGAUUGUUUGACGAAAAUGAAAAUGUUGAUUCAAGUGUUGGGAAUGACUGUCUAUUUACACAGCUCCUUUGCCUUGUCAAAAUGGUGUAUUAAGAGUUAAGACCGGCUCUCAUGUUUUUGUUAAAUCAUUUUGGUAACUCUUUACUUUACGGUCCUAGGCCUAUAUAGGUCUAUUGUUUCAAAUUUUUAUGCUAUCAGCUAACAGCUACGACAUUUGUUAUGGCCUUAUUAUGACAGUGUGGGCCUUAUGGUGGAGGGCUUCAAGUCAAAGUAAGAUUGCUGUUAAGAUGCUAUUUAGCUUAGAUCCAGGUCUUUUAAUUGGUAGUAUGACCACAUAAUAUAAAAUAAAAUACACUUGUCAUGGUUGGUAUUAAAACAUGUAUCACGGCUGUCGAAAGGAAUAGAGGACCAAAGUGCAGCGUGUGUGUAGUUC